CAUCCUGGGAUCGGGGAGGGGCCCUGAGCGCUGCCAUGUUUUUGUACGGAAGGAGCGCAAAGCACGCUGGGACUGACGCUGGUGUUUGAAGGCGGGACGGCGGGAAUUCUUUUCCCAGACUUUGGUGAGGAAGAGAGGAAGGUGAAUGGAAGGCCUGUGGAGCCCCUGGCAGGUAACUAGGGUGUGGACUUUAAAAAGCUCCCGGGCUGGGCCUGAGGGGCCGCGCCCUGGGGGCGGAGAGGACUUCAUUAGACUUCACUGGAAAACUUCAUAGGAAAACAGGAAUUUGAGGAGGAGAUGGAGCGCGCACACACUUUAUGUCAAGACGGUGUGUCCACAGGAGGCGUUUUAGCCCACUUGGAAAGAUUAGAGGCUCAGGCGAACAAAUCCCAUAAAGAAUCUGAAGAACUGCAGAGAGCUCAACCAGAGGAAAGUGCUCUUGAAACCAAGAUUCACCAACUGAGGCACAUUCGAGAUAAACUAAGGGCUGAAGUGAAGCAACGACAAGCCAGAGUGAGUCGAAGGGAUAAAGCAUCUUUUGCCAACAUAGAACCUGACCAAACAGCAGAGAUCAGUGAGCAAGAUGUUUUGGAAAGAAACCAGGAAACCAUGAAAGCCAUUCUGCAAGCAUAUCAUUUUACAGGGCUCAGUGGAAAAGUGACCAGCCGUGGAGCCUGUGUCUGUAUCAGCACUGCUUUUGAGGGGAACCUACUAGAUUCCUAUUUUGUGGACCUUGUCAUACAGAAGCCACUCCGAAUCCAUCAUCAUUCCAUCCCAGUAUUCAUUCCUUUAGAGAAAAUUGCUGCAAAAUACUUACAGACUGAUAUUCAGCAGUUUCUGUUCAGUCUGUGUGAAUACCUAAACGCUUAUUCUGGGAGGAAGUACCAGGCAGAUCAACUUCAGAGUGACUUCGCAGCCCUUCUGACUGGGCCCUUGCAGAGAAACUCCCUGUGCAACUUGCUGUCAUUUACUUAUAAAGUGGAUUUGGGGGAUCAGUCCUUCCCAUUUUGUGCCAGAUUGCUAUAUAAGGACCUCACGAGAACACUUCCAACUGAUGUCACCGUUACAUAUCAAGAAAAGCAUCUGGCUGCCCGCUCACAGAACCCCCAGCUUCUUUAUGAACUGAGGAGAACAGAAGAUGUUUUGUCUUCCAGCCAUCUGGGCCCUGUAAAGCUGCUGUUCCUACUGUCUCACCUUUCUAGGAAGUUCUGGCCAUGUUCAGAAGGUAAACAGGAGCUCCUUUGGUGACACAGGUUUACCUCCCUGGCCUGGAUGGAUGGUUAACACUAACCCACACUGUAAGGAAUGUUUCAGAUGGACAGAGUGCUUAUGUAUAUUGCACUCUAAACAAGGAGACAUGAAGGAAGGAAACUCAGGAGUGGGAUUUAAAACUGCUUUAAUUCUUGACACUUGACUUCAUGUUACUGACUGGCUGUGAAGAAAAGUUGGUGUAUCUUUCUGAGCCUUAGUACUUUCAUAUGAACCUAUAGAUACUGAUGCAUUUAGCUCAGAACUAGAUUCAUGGAACUGGGCUCAGACUCUGAGAAGGAAUAUCUGCAAGGAAACAAGUCAAUCUCAGAAGUUCCUUGAGUGACAGCAGAAGACCCAUUCAUCUGACUGGAAUCAUCAUUUUAGGAACUUAAAUGCCACUUAAAUCUAUGUCUGCUUGCAAAGGAAUGGACCAGCAGACUGCUCAUACAGCCAAAAAGCCCUUCUCCAACGGGAACUUGGACAAAGGAGCUUACCAUGUCUACGAUGUUUGCCAUAACCAGAAUGAAGAUGGCUAACAUGGCCCAGGUGUUCCUGGCCCAGCGGGUCCGAUCAAUCCAAGUGGAGAAGGCCACAAGUUUCUUAGGAAAGGCCUAGAAGGAAUAGAAUUUCAAGGGUCAUGAGCCUUUGAUAGCCCUUUGUCCAGUAUACAUGACUACUGAUAACUCUUGUUGCUCCCAUACUCUAUUCCUAGGAACCUAAAAAGUGCCUUGCCACUGGGUCACCCAAAAACUGAUCAAGUGGGACCACACUAAGAAGACAGUGCCAGAGUCCAGGUACUCUUUAUCAGUCCUUCAGGUGUGUGUGCAUGUAACUCCAUGGCCUCCAGUUGCCACUUGGCAAAAAUGCUGACCAUCCCAGGAGCAUGGACAACACUGGCCAGUCACUCUCCAUGUCCAAGAGCAUAGGACAGGGUAAGGAACAACUUUCAGGACCAGCCUUCUGCCUAACCACCUAUCCCACCCUUUCCUAGGUCAUUACACCUAAACCCCCCAGGUUACCUUGCAAGCCACCUGUCCGAUUUCUCUAAAACACUCCUUUUCUCUUAUCCUUCUGAUCAAACACUGCCUGGCACCCCCUGUGCCUGCAGGAGAAAGUCUUAAUCCCUUUAGUCUGGCUUUUAAGGUCUUUCAUAGUCAGAGCCAACCCACCUUCCAGCCAGGCCUGCAUUGCCUUUCUACCCAGGUUCCCCUUUAUCCAGAUUACCUUACUUGUAUGCUGUAGUACCAUGGCCCAUCUGAGUCCAGCCCAGAGGGUUUGCUUAGCUGAUAGUGAACAGAUGAAUGGAUGUAUGAAUGAGGGAGGGAGUGGAUAAAUGCCUAAAUCAUCCCAAUAAAAGACAAGAGUCAGAAUAUGUCAGGAAGAAUAGAUCCUUUAGUAUGCAGUUUUAUAGAAGUGCAUUCUCUUCCAGAAGCUUCCAAGCCCAACAGACAAUGCUUCUUACCCGUGGGAAGAUGGCAGCCAUUGAACAGAUGGUCAGGAUCAGGAGUAGAAUCUCCCCAACCACAAAGGUCACAUAGUUUGUCAUCAGCCUAUGGCAGAGAAAUGAUGAUUAAAGUACAAGUGAGAUUAGGUGAGGAGCUUGGAGAGUAGAGACAAGCAUGGCACAGGCUUGUGCCUGCAGUUACAUGUGACACCAGAGAAUUGCUGCUGCACAAAACGAGAGGCCCUAGGCAGUGCGAUAUCACUGAGUACAGGGCCUGGGAGUGCACCACCUCCCCAAUUGUCCUCUGGGACAUUUCCCAGAUAAAGGUUAAAGAGCCACAGAUAUGCCAAAUGGCCCAAUAAAAACUUGGGGUGGCUGGGGUUGUAACUCAGUGGUAGAGCACUUGCCCAGCGUGAGGCUCUGGAUUUGAUCCUCAGCACCACAAAAAUAAAUAAGAGAUUGUGUCCAUCUACAACUAAAUAUUAAAAAAAAAAAAAAAAUCUUGGGAAGGGAUUCUUAGGAAUGAGCAUCUGCUUUGUAACUAUGGUAAACAGUUCAGAACUCCUGCUGAGGGUGGCUAUGUCUGACAUAUCCUUUGACUCCUCAGAGCCUCAGUGGCAAGGUCCUUCCACAUCCAGUUCAUCCCAUUCACUGAGAAAUCUGCUCUCACUGAGGUCCUCGUGCCCAUUCCCAUUUCACCCUUUCACAGAGAGUGAAGAGCUUCAGAAACCUCAUGUUGCUAAAUCCCCUGUCCAGUUUGAGGUCAUCUCUUAAUUCCUUGAAACAUUCUCACUUGGUUUUCAGGAUCUUUUCACUCUCUGCUGGUUCUUUCUGUCUUCCUAUCUCUAUACACAGUUGUACCACUCAACUUAGGCCUUGACCUACUUCUCUUUGCACCUACAGUCUCCCUUGAGGAUUUCAUCAUGUCUCAUGCUCUUAAUGUACCCUGUGAGGAGAUGACUUCCAAGUUGGCAUCUCCACUCCAGUAUCUCCCCAGUUCCCAGAUUACAACUCAGCUACCUAUGGACAGUGUCUAUAAGCAUCUCAAAUUUAACAUAGCCAAAACCAAAUUCCUGAUCUUUGCCUCUCCAAUGUUCCUUUUCCUAUAUUGUCCAUCUUUUGGUUAAUGGCAACUCCAUUCUGCCAGAUACCGGUCAAAAACCUUAGAGGCAUCAUUCAUUUUUCAUACCUCAAAACCAAUGUCAGCAAAUGCUGCCAGCUUUGUGUCAAAAAUAUAUUUAGAAGCCAACUCUCCCACAAUAAAAGUCAGAAUCCAA